GGUAUAUAUACGAGGGAGAAGCCAACGAGAGGCAUCAUUGUUUGUACAGCUCUACCAUCAUGAACACUAAGAUCCUCCUCCUGCUGGGUAUGGUGGCCGUGGCUGCUGCUGACAAGCGCCCCUCAUACUCCUACGCCGCCCCUCAGGAAUCUGAGGAAUCCGAUGAAUACUCAGCAGAAUCAACUGAGGCCAAAUACGACUUCGACUGGUCAGUGAAGGACGAGGACUCCGGUAACGACUUCGGUCACCAGGAGUCUCGUGAUGGUGACAACACCAAGGGGUCGUACUCUGUGCAGCUUCCCGACGGUCGUCUCCAGACUGUGACUUACUAUGUGGAUGGUGACUCAGGCUACGUCGCCGAGGUCAAGUACGAGGGUGAAGCUCAAUACCCCGAGUCUGAUGAGUCUGAUGAGUCUGAUGAGUCUUACGAAUACACAGCACCCAGGCCCCGGUACUCCGCCCCAGAGCCUGAAGAGUCUGUGGAGGCUCCCGUGUACGCCCCACCAAGGAGAUUCUACUAUGCCCCUGACUCUAACGAAUCAAAGUAAAAAACAACAACACGAAGACAUGACAGAUGUGAGUGGAGGAUCUUCACCUUGUGAGGACAUCGUCUCCACAGUACGAGACUCAGACAGGUGUGUCAAGGUGACCUCCUUAUCUUCCUUCACAGCCUCUUGGUUAUCAUGACACCAUUUCCCUCUUCCCUCAUCUCUAUAACUCUUUAUUUCGUGAUCAAAUUUAAUAUGUUCUUUGACAUAUUAUGUCUGAGUUUUGUUAUUCAUAAACAAUGAGGCCUAUAAUCAUUGCUUAUGUAUACGGCAUGACUUAAUGUACUUGAUAAAUUAUUCAAAUUUAAUUAUUAUCACUAUGUAUUUAUUUUGAAUCAAUAUAUUAAAAGAAUAUUACAA